AAAGGCAAGCCUAGAGACUAGAUCGCCUUGGGAGUCACUGGCCAUGCCCACUCUGCUGCUCCCGCUGCUGCUACGGACGCUGCUGGCCCGCCUGCUACUGCCUGCUGCCCGCCUGGCCCGCCGGCACUUCCUGCCCCUGCUGCGCCGGCUGGCCCACCGCCUGGGCUCUCAGGAUAUGCGAGAGGCUUUGCUGGGCUGUCUGUUGUUUGUCCUCAGCCAGAGACACCCGCCCGAUGCUGGGGAGGCCUCCAGAGUGGCCCGCCUGGAGAGGAGGGACAGGCUAGCCUCCCAAAAAUGAGGCCAUGAAUCCUGGUAGCAGCUGUAUCCCUGAAACGCUUUCUUUUGGAGUGAGACAGUCCUGGCAGAAGACAUGGUGGGGGACUGAGCAUGAGAGGGGUCCGGCCAGGACAUGCCUCCCCACUCCCCCACUCCCAGCAGAGAUGAUUGAAGGAUGCUCUGCAUUUAGCAGAAAACCCAUCAUUAUCCCUCCCUCC